CUUAAUGUUGAUGACGAGUGGCUGCCUUGGUUGUCAAGGUAAGAACGCUUAUUUUCAGUCUCCCGUUCUCUGUUAGCAUUGUCACAAUUUAGUCGCGCAGCGCUACGGUAACAUCAAUGUGUGUUAAAAUAUAAUUAAUAAACUUCAAAAAGUGCAGGUGGUCGAGUACUCAUUAUCGGUUUGUAGACGUACAUAGAGCAGAUUCUUUAUAGAUGCCACGCCAGUGCGUAGUCGAACCACACGAUAUGGCACAAGUCCUCGAUCCUGGGUCGAUUGUUGUAGCCGACUGGCACCGAAGUGCAGAUAGCAAGGAGUUCUUCAGCAGGAUUCUACACAAGAAAAAACGUAGAAACUUUGGACUUCUGGAGGCUCUAGUGAUGCCCCCUAAUGUGUCUGUGGACACUGUUCACUACAAGAUCUUCAUAUCCGGAAAGAGUGGGGUGGGGAAGACUGCUCUUGCUGCACGUCUAGCUGGACUCAAUAUUCCCAACAUGCACUAUGAAACUACAGGUAUUGAGACCACAGUGGUGUAUUGGCCUGUGAAGUUGAGGGAGAGCGGUCGUGUUCUGUUUUUCCGCUUGCAGCUAUGGGACUGUGGAGAGAACGCCUUACGCCGAUUUGACCACUUGCUUCCGUCCUGUAAGGAGCAGGUGGAUGCCAUCCUCUUCCUCUUCUCCUUUACAGACCGAGCGUCCUUCGAUGGUCUGUCCAAUCAGAUCGCCAGAGGGUCUGAACCUUGCGACAGAGUUGUGAAAUUGGUUGUUGGCACCAAAUUUGACCUGUUCAUGCAUACAGACGUGACGGAGAGAGAGGUGACUCGGUUCCAGGAGGUCUGGGGGUUGCCUGUGUUCCGUAUGGGGGGUGACGUCAGCAACGUCAGUAACCUGGGUGAGGUAGCCCCCCUACUGAACUGCCUGGCAGAGCACCUGUGGCACCAGGACUGUGUGGCUACCAGGUCUACCAUCCUUCCAGUCUCCACACAGUCAGAGGCUGCUAAUGUGGUACAUGUAUGAAAUCCAAUAGGUUGAGAGACAAUAUUUUCAUCUCCUACACCACUGCUGUGGUACACUCAACAGAGAUGUCCUGGAUUACCUUCUCACAUAGGACUGUGGAGAAACAGAACCUGCAUCUGAGUUUAUUGGGUCUUUGAACAACAUGUUCAACUUUGUGAGGACAAGCAUUCAUCCAGGCCUGUAAAAUGAAACUUGAGGUAAAUGGUCAAACACAA